UAUCCAGCUGUAUCCAAAACAACAUUUCCGCUAACCGCCUAAAUGGACCACUCGGUAGCCACAGCGCUCUGCUUGUCUUUACAAGUCCAACCGACUACUUCAUCUCCUCUCUUAUAUAUCUCCGCCAUCGUCUCGCUCCCCCUGCCUCCCCUUAAUUAAACCCUCGAUAAUCAUCGAAUUUUCCUUUUGCAUUGCUUUUAAUCUUGAUUUCUAUGAAUGUAACCGGCGUAUCAAACGGAAAAGAAAUGGAUCGGAUCAAAGGCCCGUGGAGCCCCAACGAAGAUAACUUGCUCCAAGAACUGGUCCAAAAGCACGGACCCAGAAACUGGUCUUUGAUGGGCAAAUCAAUCCCGGGUCGAUCCGGAAAAUCCUGUCGUCUCCGAUGGUGCAACCAACUGUCCCCCCAAGUUCAGCACCGGGCCUUCACCGCCGAAGAAGACGAGGUCAUCAUUCGUGCGCAUGCCAGGUUCGGUAACAAGUGGGCAACCAUAGCUCGACUCCUCGACGGCCGUACCGACAACGCCAUUAGAAACCACUGGAACACGACGCUGAAACGUAAGUGCCUGUCGGUUGGGGAAGAGACUAAAUAUAUAUAUAAAGAUGGGUAUGAUGGUAAUUUGGAAGGGGAAGAGGGACAGCCGUUGAAAAGAGCGGUGAGUGCUGGGCAGUAUAGGAGCCCGGGAAGCCCUUCCGGAUCCGGUGUGAGCGAUUCCAGUGUUCCCGAUUUAUCAUCUUCGCCAUCGUACAAGCCCAUCCAAAGGACGACCGUAGGGGUUAAGAUUGACUUUGACGUGAACGCUAUACCAGCCGGGUUCGAAGCGGCGGCGUCUUGCAACGAUCCACCGACCUCGCUGAGUCUCUCAUUAAGGGGGGCCGAGUCAAGCGAGGUGUCAACACACCCAGUCACAGAGUCAACUCAGAAGAUAAACGAAUGGAAAGAUGAAGAAAGGGAAGGUGAGGUGAGGAGAUUCAGAACGGAAUUUAUGGCGGUGGUUCAAGAGAUGAUAAGGGUGGAGGUGAGGAAUUGCAUGGCGCAGGUGCAACAGCAAAACGGUGCAGUUUCAGGCGGAGGGACGGGAUGUGUAUGAGUGGCGGAUUUAGGAAGGUGGCUUUCAACCGAGUUGGUCUGAGUCUGACUCAGAUCGAGAAAAUUUCUUCAGGAAAGUGGUAGGAUGUAAAAAAAAACGAAAGCUUCCUUAAAUAUCACUCGAGUCUCUCUCUCAAGAGUAAUAAAAAUUUAGAUAAUUUUCUCCAUGUAUGGAAAUAUUUCGAUUCAGACUAUUCAUUUCAAAGCGGUUGAUAAUGGUGGUUGGAGGGUGAAGUGUCACCCAAAACAUCUUCCAUCAUCCAAAUCCAUGUAUAUUAUAUGUAGACACAUU